AUGCACGCCAACGCUGAGCCUGCCAAUUAUUCCUCGGUCGAAGAUGUGCCCCUGGCAGCCGAGUCAAAAUGUUGGCGACAGCUUGAAGUCAGAAAUAUGGACCAAGAAUCGAUCCAUCGGCUCUGCCACUUCGGACUUUACAACGAAGAUUACGCCAAGAUGAAGGGACUUGAACCGUUUUCUUCUCAUGAGGAAAGUGCUGGAUUCUCGCUGUACCGGGAUUGGAGCUUGUCUCAGUCACUUGCCGAAGGCUCUGACGCUAUAGCUGCCAAGCUUGAAGAACAAAGCUCUCACAUAUUCUCGCGUAUUCCUUUCACAGAGUUUGUUCGACGGGCCUACGGUCUUCCCUCGCAAGCGAUUGAGCGUUCCCUUUGGGAAUAUGAUUUUCUCGAGGUGAAAAUUUACAGCACGUUUAUCCGAAACCUCCAGCAUCUCGAGCUUUUGGGUGAAUUGAAACAAAGUUUGAAGAAAAUAGAUGCAGAUCCAUUUUUGUACGCUGCGAUUGAGAAGGCUUUGCAACGAGUUAUGCUCCAAAUAAAUCCACACGUGCCAUUAAUUGAUAAAAGGUUGGAAAAUGUGAAGCCGGAGCUAGACGAACGACUCCAGUGGAUUAUCGAGCCACUGCAGCGACUGCUCCAGACCCCCGACACUGCUCGAAAUAUAUUACAACAACUGGAGAUAUUAGAGAAUCGGUUCUACAAGCUCUACAGGUCCCCUGAAGCCAAUUGGGGGCCAUUCAAUACCGAUACAUUAUUCUUUGGACAAAUUCAACGGAUUGAUGUGUCCGAAUUUGCCAACGCUUUGUCGAGGAAAGAUCAAGAUUUCCUUUCGCAGUACGUUGUGGAUGCCCUCUAUGCAAAAGACGAUCAUGCUCGGCGAAAACUCAACACACGAUGGAACGACCUCAGCAUUGAAGUUGAAGAGUGCAUGGUUGCUAAGGUUGAUGUUUCUCGGAAAAUUGAUCAUUUGACCCAGGGCAUCAAAGCAAGUGGCCUUCACACAAAAGCUUUGGAAGACUUUGGCUACCUCGUCGAUUCAGAGAAUAAUUAUGAGAGGUAUCGGCGACGAGCCAAGACUAGACCCGGAAUGGACUUCUUUUUUCCUGCACUCAGUGCCGCUGUCCGGGGAAAUUUCACGUUCGCAGACGAGGUGAUUGAUCGGUUUGCGCGCUACAAUGUUGAAGACUACCAACGUCAUUCUUUUGUUUGUUUUUUUACUGCUUGCUUCGGACGUUGA